AUGCCUCAAAAUAAGAGGAAAAGAAUCGGAACAUCUUCACCCAACCCAACUGCUGGAGAAAACGCUAAGAGCUAUACAUCUGCUAAGAAAAGAGGUAUUAUAGCACUUAUAACUAGUAAGAGCAGCAAUAACUUAUUAGUAGAAGAAAAAAGUGAUGAAAACAGUGGAAAACAAUCUAGUGGAGAAGAAAAAGGUGAUGAAAGUGAAAAUAACGUAAGUAGCACAAAUUCAAGGAAAAAAGAAUCAGAUGAUGAGAGUGAUGAAGAUAAAUCUAGUGAAGAAGAAAAAAGUGAUGAAAGUGAAAGUGAAAGUGGUGGCAAUAAAUUAAGUAGAGAAGAAAGAAGUAAUGAAAAUGAUGAAGAUAAAUCUAGCGGAGAAGAAAAAGGUGAUGAAAGUGAAAGUGAGCAAUUAGUUGAAAAAGAAGAAGAAGAUAUUGAAUCCUCUCCAGAUCAUGUCAAAAUAAUUUCCAAUGGUACGUACAAAUUUAAGACUCACUUGAAUGUGUCUGGGUCUUAUGAUUCUAGAAUCAAUGUGAGAGUCGAUUUUGGAGUUCAAUUUGUUGAGUUUAGAAAAAUUCUAAUCGCACAAAAUAUUGAAAAUGAUUUCAAGAAAUCUUGCUUUGGUCACUUUUUGAAGUUGGAUAAUGAUGUAGCAGUACAACUUCCAAUGAAGUUAGAACAUGGUCUUAAUCUUCGUCGUAUAUUUUCUGAAAAGAAAAAAGAGGUUCGAAUUGAUUAUUAUGGUUUGCCAAUUUGCUUUGGCAUUAAUGAUUUCGCUAUUAUCACUUGA